CGAACCUUUAGAUGGAUGCAGACAAUGAUUUUUGCCAUAGAGGAGAUCAACAGAGAUGACCGACUCCUGGCCAACUUAACUCUGGGUUAUAAGAUUUAUGACUCAUGCAGUACCCCUUUCCAUGCCCUCCGUACAGCCUUGGCCCUGAUGAGCGGUCACAAAGAGGACCAAGGUAACCCAGAGUGCCGAGGCAGAGUGCCUGUCGUCAUUGGUGAUGGAGGAUCCACAUUAUCCUUAGUGGUUGCACGGUUUCUGGGUGUUUUUCAUGUUCCACAGGUCAGCUAUUUCUCCAGCUGUGCAUGUCUAAGUAACAAAUUUGAGUUCCCUUCAUUUCUGAGGACUAUGCCCAGUGACUUCUUUCAAGUGGAUGCUCUUACACAGCUGGUGCAACACUUUGGUUGGAGCUGGGUUGGCACUUUCGCAGGGGAUGAUGCUUAUGGUCGUGGAGGCGCUCAGAUCUUCAAUGAUGAGGUUACCAAACUGGGUGCAUGUAUUGCUUUUUAUGAAAUUAUACCUAAAAACCACGAGAAAGCAGAGAUGACCAGGAUUGUAAGGAGAAUUGGUGAGUCAGGUGCCCGGGUGGUCCUGGUCUUUGCUCUAGAGCAAGAUGCAAGGGCUAUCUUCUGGGAAGCCCUCCGUCAGAACCUCACUGGCAUACAAUGGUUGGCCAGCGAGGCCUGGAUCACGGCGGCUGUUCUCUCCACUCCUGAAUUUCACUCCAUCCUUCAGGGCUCUAUGGGAUAUGCCAUCCGUAAGGCUGAUAUUCCCGGCCUGCAGCCUUUCCUGCUACGGCUGCAUCCCUCCAAAUACCCUCAGGACCCAUUUGUUAUGCAGUUUUGGGAAGAAAUGUUUCAGUGCUCUUUAGGCAAAGACUCCUCUCCUAGACCACCCUGUAAUGGUUCUGAAGUGCUGUUCAACACAGGGAACAUUUAUUCCGAUGUAACCCAGCUCAGAAUCUCUUAUAAUGUUUAUAAAGCAGUGUAUACAAUUGCUCAUGCUCUUGAUUCAAUGCUGCGCUGUGAACCAGGCAAAAGACCUUUCAUGUGGGAAUCGUGCCCAAACUCCAGCACCAUAAAACCAGGGGAGCUUCUGCAUUAUCUGAAGCACGUCCACUUCACUAAUGAGUUGGGAGAGGAGACAAAGUUUGAUGAUAACGGAGAUCCUGUGGCCAUGUAUGAUCUCAUCAACUGGCAGCUCGGCAGCAAUGGAGAGGUGCAGUACGUCACGGUGGGGAGGUUUGAUGAAACAAUGCAGCCUAAAUUAAUGAUUGAAGAGACAAACAUCAUCUGGAAUGGAAACCAAAGACAAGUCCCUGUAUCCGUCUGCAGCACCAGCUGUCCUCCAGGCACUAGAAAAGCUACCAGGCCAAACUUUCCUGUCUGCUGCUUUGACUGCAUUCUCUGUGCAGCUGGGGAGGUUAGCAAUCAGACAGAUGCCUUAGAGUGUGAAAAAUGCCUGUCUGAGUUCUGGUCCAAUACUAGACGAGACACCUGCAUCCCGAAACUGGUCGAGUUCCUCUCCUUCAGCGAUACCAUGGGAAUCACGUUACUAGCCGUGGCCCUGCUUGGGUCCUGUUUCACUCUCGCAGUUGCUCUGAUAUUUGCCAUCAAACGUCACACCCCCAUUGUCAGAGCUAAUAACUCUGAGCUCAGUUUCCUCAUUCUCAGCUCACUAUGGCUUUGUUUUUUGUGUGCACUAGCCUUUAUUGGGCGUCCCACGUCCUGGUCUUGCGGGCUUCGCCACACUGCCUUUGGUAUUGCGUUCUCUCUCUGCCUGUCCUGUAUCCUCGGGAAGACGUUGGUGGUGCUCAUGGCCUUCAGGGCUACUUUACCAGGCAGCAAUGUGAUGAAAUGGUUUGGCCCUCUUCAGCAACGCGGCAUUAUAUUCUUGUGCACGGCCGUGCAGGUAGUGAUUUGCUGCACGUGGCUGAGUGUGGCACCUCCUGUCCCACGCAAGCUCAUGACCCGCGAAACUGCCCGGAUUAUAAUUUUGUGUGAUGUAGGCUCCCCGUUAGCGUUCUCACUGGUGCUGGGCUAUAUCGGCCUGCUGGCUGCUGUGUGCUUCCUUAUGGCCUUCCUUGCUCGAAAGCUGCCAGACAAUUUCAAUGAAGCUAAGUUCAUUACUUUUAGCAUGUUGAUCUUCUGCGCUGUGUGGAUAGCGUUUGUUCCAGCAUAUGUCAGCUCACCAGGGAAGUACACAGUGGCUGUGGAGAUUUUUGCCAUUUUGGCCUCUAGUUACGGCCUGUUGCUGUGUAUCUUCACCCCAAAGUGUUACAUCAUUCUGCUUAGACCUGAGAAAAAUACAAAGAGAUAUUUGAUGUCCAAAUCCAAUACAGAAAGAAAAUAUUAA